AUGGCCUUCGUGAAGGUCCUGAAGAAUGCGGCCUACUUCAAGAGGUUCCAAGUCGCAAAGCGGCGCCGCCGAGAAGGCAAGACAGACUACCAUGCUCGCCGCAAGAUGGUCCGGCAGGACAAGAACAAGUUCAACAACCGCAAGUACCGGCUCGUUGUUCGCUUCACGAACAAGCGUUGUAUCUGCCAAUGUGUAUAUGCCACUCUCCGAGGCGACAUUGUUGUUGCUGCUGCCGCAUCAAACGAGCUCGUCCAUUUCGGAAUCGUAGCUGGGCACAAGAACUAUGCUGCCGCUUACGCGACAGGGCUGCUUCUGGCACGCCGUGUGUUGAAGAAGUUUGGCUUGGAUGAGAAGUUCAAGGGCAAGGAGGAACUGGAUGGCGAAGACUACCACAUUGAGGAUGAAGACAACGAUCAGCGACCCUUCAAGUGCAUCUUGGAUGUUGGGAUUCGCCGAACUUGCGUUGGACAUCGCAUGUGGGGAGCUCUUAAGGGGGCUGUGGAUGGCGGCCUACAUGUUCCCCACAGCACGAAGAACUUCCCCGGCUUCAAAGCAGCCGAUGAGAAGGGCGGCGAGUCCGAGUACGAUGCUGAAGCGCACAAGGAGAAGAUCUUCGGAAACCAUGUGAAGGAGUACAUGGAAAUGCUGCAAGAGGAGGAUCCGACAAAGUACGAGGCGCACUUUGCCAAGUACAUUGAGGCAGGCAUUGAUGCAGAGAAGAUGGAGGACAUGUACACAGAAGCACAUGAGAAGAUCCGCGAGGAUCCAGAAGGUGAGAAGGCGGAGAAGAAGGACAUCACGUACGAGAAAGACGGUGAUACAAUGAAGGCAUCAGAUGGCACUGAGCACACCCGCUUUCACAAGAUCACUCUGGAGAAGCGGCGUGAGAAGGUUGCUGCCAAGAUUGCAGCAGCGCAGGCGAAAAUGAUGGAAGAGUGA